AGUGCGUGUCCACCUGUCGGUCCGUCCUCUUAACCCAUUAGAUUCUUUCGUUAUUGUAUAAGGGACCAAAUACAAUUGCCGAAUUUCGCUUCUCCCCUCCCACUUUUUCUAACAGAAAUUGUCUGUUUACACGUUCCCCCUAAUUGCGCUUGAGGCCACAUUCUUCUGCCAUGGCUGAUGAAGACGCCGAGAAGGCCUUUUUCCAGGCCCAGGCAGAUCAUGCGGAGUCUGCGGAAUAUAAGGCCGAUGGGGAAGAGGGUGCAGAUAAUUCAGACUCAGACGAAUAUGAUCCAUCAAACACGCUACAAGGCGAAUACUCUACUACUCCAACAGACUCCAAACAAAACGAAAGUGUUCCCCCAGAUGCCUCCGCGCCCGAGCAACAGCGACCCGACGAUGUCUCCCCUCCCACGGACACGGAUCCUGCUCAGCAGACUGGCAGUGACCAGCCAUCCCAGACACCUCAACGCGCUGAGUCCCAGGAAGCAACACCGGCGUCCACAUCUGGUACGAAUUCCGCACAGCCAAAGACCAGAACAAUUGGGGGUUUUGUGGUCGAGGAUGAGGAUGAGGAUGAGGCGGGUGAUGCAGAUUAUGAGCCUCCGGCUGUACUAGGUGUUGAGGACAUGAAUAGUAUACCUGUGAAUGUGCCUCAGCAACCCAUUUCAGGAAAUGCAAAUGAAGAUACUUCUACCCCUGAUGUAUCGUUGGAUCAAGCUGCGCAGCAGUCUGCCAACGCGAAAAAUGUUUCCAAUAGUUCUUUUCACCCUUUUGCCGCUGAUUCUAAAAAUGAGGCCUCGACCCCAUCGGGCCAGGACCUGUACAACUCACGUACCCCACAGCUGGAGAAUGUGCAAAGCAGCGCUGCCGUUACUCCUACUCCUGAGUCUCCAUCCACUUCGAAGGGUCGCUUGCCCCAUGACCGCAUCGGUAUCUUGGAGGACAGAAUCCAAGAGGACCCUCGCGGAGAUAUCCCUGCCUGGCUUGAAUUAAUUAAUGAACACAGAAGCCGGAACAGGAUUGAUAAUGCUCGUGAUGUCUACGAACGUUUCCUGACCGUCUUCCCAUUUGCCGCUGCACAAUGGGUGGCAUACGCAAAUAUGGAGUCUGAACUCAAUGAGCUCUACCGCCUGGAACAAAUCUUCAACAGAACUCUGUUGACGAUUCCUGAUGUCCAGCUCUGGACCGUGUACUUGGACUACGUCCGUCGGCGAAACCCUUUAACCACAGAUAAGUCUGGACAGUCGAGAGCAAUCAUCUCAUCUGCCUACGAUCUAGCUUUUCAGUAUGUCGGUGUAGAUAAGGACUCCGGCUCGAUUUGGGCAGAUUACGUGCAGUUUAUCCGCUCCGGACCUGGUAAUGUUGGAGGCUCGGGAUGGCAAGACCAGCAGAAGAUGGAUUUGCUCCGGAAGGCAUACCAGAAAGCCAUAGGUGUGCCGACCCAGGCCGUUAACACACUGUGGAAAGAGUACGACCAGUUCGAGAUGGGAUUGAACAAGCUUACGGGCCGAAAAUUCCUCCAAGAACAGUCUCCGGCUUACAUGACUGCGCGAAGUUCAUAUACAGAACUGCAAAAUAUCACCAGGGACCUCAAUCGGACAUCCCUGCCCCGGUUCCCUCCUGUUCCAGGCUCCGAGGGCGAUGUUGAUUUUGCACAGCAAGUGGACAUCUGGAAGCGCUGGAUCCAAUGGGAGAAGGGCGACCCUCUUGUUCUGAAGGAGGAAGACAUGGCAGCAUUCAAAUCACGAGUCGUAUACGUCUACAAGCAGGCUUUGAUGGCACUCAGGUUUUUGCCGGAGAUGUGGUUUGAAGCGGCUGAGUUCUGUUUCCUCAACGACCUAGAAACCGAAGGGAAUGAAUUUCUGAAACACGGUGUCGAUGCUAAUCCGGAAAGCUGCCUGCUCGCGUUCAAGCGAGCUGACCGUCUGGAAAUCACUUCGGAAUCUGAGCAAGACCCUAUCAAGCGCGGUGCGAAAGUCCGCGAACCUUAUGAUCGUCUGCUGGAUGCUCUGUACGAUUUGAUUAGCAAGGCCCGGACGCGGGAAUCACAGGACGUCGCUGGCUUGGAAGAACACUUUGCACGAAAUUACCCCAACAAACAGCCGUCCAACGACGAUGACGAUGACGACCAGAACCAGGAGUCAAAGUCACUAGAGUUGAUGAAGAACGCUCAGAUUGAAGCACUGCGAAAUGCGCACGCCAUUCAGAUUGGGAUACUCUCAAGGACGGUCUCCUUUGCUUGGAUUGCUCUCAUGCGUGCAAUGCGGCGCAUCCAAGGCAAAGGAAAACCUGGCGAGAUGCCUGGCUCGAGACAGGUCUUUGCCGAUGCUCGCAAGAGGGGGCGUAUCACAAGCGAUGUCUACAUCGCCAGUGCCCUUAUCGAAUAUCAUUGUUACAAGGACCCUGCAGCUACUAAGAUCUUUGAGCGUGGCGCUAAGCUCUUCCCCGAUGACGAGAACUUUGCUCUUGAAUACUUGAAGCACUUGAUCGACAUCAACGAUGUCAUCAAUGCCAGAGCGGUGUUCGAAAUGACAGUGAGGAAGCUAGCGUCCAACCUAGAGAAUGUACACAAAGCCAAGCCAAUCUUUGCAUUCCUGCACGAAUACGAGUCGCGCUAUGGUGAUCUCGUUCAAGUCAUCAACCUCGAAAGCCGGAUGCGUGAACUGUUCCCUGAGGACCCAACAUUAGAGCAAUUUGCGCACCGCUACUCGACUGCUGCCUUUGAUCCCACUGCCGUCCGCCCGAUCAUCUCUCCGUCUCAAAUGAGGCCGAAGCAAGCCUUCCCCCAGGAGCAAAUGGCGUCUCGCCAUGGCACUCCCUCUCCAAGAUAUCCCGAAACAACGGUCGCAGACUCGCCGAAGAGGCCGUUGGAAGAUUUCGACGAGGACGGAAGUAGACCCCGGAAGUUUGCACGAGCCGAGUCACCUUUAAAGACGACCCAGAAGCGGCAGUUGGAUCAGCAAAAGCGGCCCCAACCCGUUGGAGUCCAGGCGUCCCAAUUCCGGUCUCAGGGAUCACCAGCCCCGUUACCCCGAGAUAUCGUUUAUCUGCUGAGCAUUAUCCCGUCGGCAUCCGCAUACACGGCUGGAAGGUUUUCCCCAGAGAAAAUGGUCGAUCUCAUUCGGAGGAUAGAUAUGCCAAGCUCGAUCUCCCAGAUCCCACUUCCGCAAUCAGUCCGAGGGCUUGGGGGUGGCCAAGCACCCAUGGGAACGCAGCCGUUUUCUGGCAUGUACCGUUCCUGAGCUCCUUUUAUGUCUCCCCAGACUGCCUCGAUGAAGUGCAUUACCGAUCUCCUCCUUUGACUUCGCGAUGACAUCGCCUCACAUACCCGCGUGGCCCAAACUGUAUAGUCCUCUUCAGUACCGCUUGCAUUCGGGGAUCGGCGUUUAAUUCUGGUUUGGCCCACAUUUUUGAGUGUUUGAUGGCCAAGGCCCAGGUCAGAUAUCUCAUUCUGGAUUCUUCUUAUCGUUUUUACCCCUUGUUUCUUGGUUGAAUUGGUUGCUCGCGUCCGGUGUGGCUUGUACAGACACGGUUGUAAACUGUCUAUCGAACAAACUAGUCUGCAAUGAAUGAG